UAACCCACCCAGCCAUGAUACCUUUCUGGACUUUUCCGCUGCUGCUUUUUGUGUCCGGAGCUUUGGGGCACUCAAGUAAGAACGACUCUGAUGUGGAACCACGGAUUGUGGGCGGAACCAAGGCCAGGGAGGGUCAAUUCCCCCACCAGAUUUCCCUCCGUCGACGUGGAAGUCACAUUUGCGGUGGCUCCGUAUUGUCGAGCAACUACGUCGUCACCGCUGCCCAUUGCGUGAAGCAAGGAAGUGAUGUAACUCCAGCUGACCAGCUGGCGAUCCAGGCGGGCAGCCUGCUCCUCUCGAGCGGCGGAGUAAGGAUUCCGGUGGCCACCGUCACCGUGCAUCCCAAUUUCGGGAACAGCGGCAACGAUGUGGCCGUGCUCCGUCUGCAGAGUGCCCUGCCCCUCGGCGGCAACAUCGCCGCCAUCCAACUGGCCACCGACGAUCCGCCCAGCGAUGCCACCGUGGACAUUUCCGGAUGGGGGGCCAUCUCGCAGAAGGGACCGCUCUCCAACUCCCUGCUGUUCGUGCAGGUGAAGGCCCUGUCCCGGGAAACCUGCCAGCGGCAGUACUUCAGGCAGCUGCCGGAGUCCACGAUGUGCCUGCUCCACCCCAAGGACAAGGGGGCCUGCUACGGGGAUUCCGGCGGACCGGCCACCUACCAGGGCAAGCUGGUGGGCCUGGCCAGUUUCGUGAUCGGCGGCUGCGGACGAGAUGCUCCGGAUGGCUACGCCAGGGUCUCCAAGUUGCGGUCCUGGAUCGUUGAGAAGGCCAGCUUGUAAAACCCGAAGAAAUCACACUCCUGAAUUGGCAAAAUAUCGCAAAAUUGAUUGCCAAUUCGGAUUUGAUUUGUUACAAAUUAACCACUUUAUUCAUAUUAUUUCAAGAACUUAAGAAAUACCAUUUUGUGAUGAUUUUCGCACAAAAUGACUUGUUCUUGUUUAUAUCCUAUCUAUAUUGUUAAUGCACUAUAUUACACCAAGCACAUAAAUAAUAAAAAAAUGCAGAGCAGAAAAAUAA